AUGGCCGACUACUCCCAGUACCACGCCCUCGGACAGGGCGAGGUGUACGACCCGAACGAUCCCAAUCGAACGAGUGCACCCGCUGCCCAGAACUUCUACCCGCCAGGCCCUCAAUAUCAACAGCCUCAACAGCAGCCCCAACAGCAGCCAUACCAGCAACAAUAUGGAGCACCGCAGUAUGGUCAGUAUGCUGGCCAGCAGCCUCCAAUGCCCUCCCCCGGGCACGGUUAUGGCUCUCCUGCUCCCCAAGCAUUCCAAGACCAACCACAAGCGCCCCAAGACGCGUCUCUCGCUGCUCAGGUGGGAGGCAUGAACCUCGGUGCGGACAGCGGCUAUGGAACAACUCGACGAAAGAAGAAGGACAGGCACGCAUAUCACAACGUCGAAGCAGCUGGCUCUUCUCAGGCUUUCAAUGGCAUGCCGCCACCUGGUACGCCCCAGACGCAAUUCCUCGACAGCGCUGCGCAGGGUGUGCCAGCCUUUGGAGGUGGCCAAUAUGGGCAACAACCCCAGGGUACACCUCAAAUGGGACACGCCCAGUUCGGCGCUCCAGUUGGUCAGUUCAACCAGCAGCCUUCAAACGAUGCGUCUGCCACGAUAGGAACUGCGGGCUCCGGACCUCCCAAGGUGUCGCCAGAAGAUCUCCCAAGCGUGCCCAUCUCUCGAGAUGGCGCGCAGCAACACUUCUUCAAGAACGUAUAUCACACCUUUGAGCGACAUGUGCCGCCACCUGCGGCUGUGUCAUUCGUGUCUUUCGACCAGGGCAACGCGUCGCCCAAGUAUGCACGACUGACAGUCAAUAACAUUCCCUCAACAAAUGAUGGUCUCCAGGCGACAUCGCUGCCCCUAGGCCUUCUGCUGCAGCCACUGGCACCACAGCAAGCUGGUGAGCAGGAGAUUCCCGUGAUCGACUGCGGCGACGAAGGUCCUCCCCGAUGUCGACGAUGCCGAGCCUACAUCAACCCCUUCAUGAUGUUCCGAUCUGGUGGCAACAAGUUCGUCUGCAAUUUGUGCACAUAUCCAAACGACACUCCCCCUGAAUACUUCUGUGCUACAACGCCCCAGGGCGUCCGAGUCGACCGCGAUCAGAGACCCGAGCUGCACCGCGGCACUGUCGAGUUUGUCGUGCCAAAGGAGUACUGGACUAAGGAACCCACUGGCUUGCGUUGGUUGUUCUUGAUCGACGUGACGCAGGAGUCUUACAACAAGGGGUUCUUGGAAGCUUUCUGCGAAGGCAUCCAAAGCGCCCUGUAUGGUGGCGAGGAGGGCGAGGAUGGGGAGCCGCAACGCAGGAUACCCAAAGGCGCCAAGGUCGGAUUCGUGACCUACGACAAGGACAUUCAUUUCUACAACAUUUCUCCUGGGCUGGACUCGGCGCAAAUGUUGAUCAUGCCUGACCUGGAGGAUCCCUUCCUGCCACUGGGUGAAGGCCUGUUCGUAGAUCCGUACGAGUCGAAAUCCGUCAUCACAUCGUUGCUGACACGUCUCCCGGAGAUGUUCUCGAACGUCAAGAAUCCUGAGCCGGCGCUCUUGUCCGCCCUCAACUCUGCUUUGGCUGCCUUGGAGGUCACUGGUGGUCGCGUUGUGGCCGCCUGCUCUGCGCUGCCUACUUGGGGACCCGGGCGUCUGUUUAUGCGUGAUGAUGGCAACCAUCCUGGCGGCGAGCUCGACAAGAAGCUCUACACUACCGAGCACCCUGGGUGGCGCAAGGCUGCUGAGAAGAUGGUUGCUUCAGGCGUCGGUGCCGACUUCUUCCUUGCGGCGCCCAACGGUGGCUUCCUGGACAUUGCCACCAUUGGCCAUGUGUCGGCAACGACCGGCGGUGAGACAUUCUAUUACCCCAACUUCAUCGCCCCCCGCGACAGCCUGAAGCUUUCUCUAGAGAUCACGCAUGCUGUGGCGCGCGAGUCUGGCUUCCAGGCGCUGCUCAAGGUCCGCUGCUCGAAUGGCCUGCAAGUGGCCGGAUACCAUGGCAACUUCAUACAGCACACUUUCGGCGCGGACUUGGAGCUCGGUGUCUUUGACGCGGACAAGGCCCUAGCAGUGUCCUUCUCGUACGACGGCAAACUCGACUCCAAGCUCGACGCGCAUUUCCAGUCGGCUCUGCUUUACACAUCGGCUUCAGGUCAACGGCGUGUGCGGUGCUCCAAUGUGAUUGCUAGUGUCGCCGAGACCGCAAAGGACUCUGGCACGCGCGAGCAGGGCAUCCGAGACUGCAUGAAGUUUGUGGACCAGGAUGCGGUUCUCGCCAUCCUGGCCAAGGAGGCCUGCACCAAGCUCGGAACCACGUCAAGUAAUCUCAAGGACAUCCGCAACUGGCUCACGGAACGCACCAUUGAGGUUUUCGCUGCGUACAGGAAGCAUGCAUCUGUGCAGCACCCCCACAGCCAGCUGGUGAUGCCCGAGCGACUUAAGGAGUUCACAAUGUUCAUGCUUGGCCUCAUCAAGUCACGCGCAUUCAAGGGCGGUGCUGAGAACGCGGACCGACGAGUCAACGAGAUGCGCAUGGUCCGUUCCAUGGGCGCUCUGGAGCUCAGCUUGUAUCUGUACCCCCGCAUGAUUCCUCUGCACAACCUUCAGCCCGAGGAAGGAUUCGCGGAUCCAGAAACAGGCCACCUGAAGCUGCCUCCCGCCAUCCGCACAUCUUUCGGCCAGGUGGAAGCCGGCGGCGUGUACUUGGUCGACAACGGCCAGCAGUGCCUCCUGUGGUUCCACGCCCAAACAUCGCCGAACCUUCUCCAGGACCUCUUUGGAUCUGACAAGGACUCACUCAAGGCAUUAGAUGCCUAUACGUCCUCGCUUCCCGUGCUCGACACCCACCUCAACGCUCAGGUGCGCAACAUUGUCGAAUUCCUACGGACGCUCCGCGGCUCCAAGGCCUUGACUAUCCAGCUGGCUAGACAGGGCAUUGACGGCGCCGAGUUUGAGUUUGCGCGCAUGCUUGUCGAGGAUCGCAACAACGAAGCACAGAGCUAUGUGGAUUGGUUGGUGCACGUGCACAAGGCCGUGCAGCUGGAGUUGAGCGGACAGAGGAGCAAAGGCUCAGAGGGCGGCGAGGGCGGUGUCGCCUCCGCGCUCAGUGGCUUCAGCGGGCUGAGACCUGCGUAUUGGUGA